GAAUCCAUGGCGGCUCAAUCGUUGUGAGGUGAUUCUAAACCCAAAUUAGCUUGGAAUAUUGAUUGAUCAGUUCAAAAAAUUAGGCUCUCUGGUGGUUUUUCUUUUGAAAUGCAAGUUUACGCAUUCCAUUUUCAUGGGCAUAUGAGAUAAUCUGUUUGUUGAAAUGGAGUAUAACCUCUGGGGCAACAGAAAAUUUCACCUAGAAUUGAAGAGUUUGAUAUUGUUCUUGUGGGUAACACUUCUCGUUGUAUCACUCUUUAAGUGUUUCUCAGUUCCCCAUGAACAGGCUAUCUGGUUUCUAUUGUCUUCUUUCAACGUUUCGCUGCACGUAUCUGGGAAUAACACCACACUGAAUGCCACUUCUCCUCCAAAUCAGAUUAAAAUAGGUGAAAUCCCAAGUCUAGGUGAUGGUUUGGUGAACAUCACUGACCCAUUAGUACCUUCAUAUAACGUCAAGAUACCUGAUAUGGAAGAAGACCCUGAACCAGUGGAGAAAGUCUUAAAUGACUCUCGUCAAGAGAAUGCUACAAUUAGUGGGGGAAUGAGAGAGAAAAGAAAAGAGGAGAAUCGUGUUUUGGAUAAACAGUUUUCGCUAUCCCCUCUUGGGUCACCUUUGUUGGAUUCUUUCAAGAAUGGGUUGGUGCCAACUAGUUCUCAUAAACAGUUUUUGCUAUCCCCUCUUGGAUCACCUUUGUCUGAUUCUUUCAAGAAUGGGUCGGUGCCAACUAGUUCUCAACUGAAUCCAUUUUCCUUCAAUUUAUCUCAGUUGGGCGUACAAGUGACUAAAGAUGUUCCCAAAAGUGAAAUCUCUGAGCCUUUAGGAAAUGGACCACCCAUUUCUCAGCGCAAUCUGACUAUUGAGAGUGUUCCGCUCAUUAAAUAUACAAAAGAAAAAGUUAGUGUUGUGCAGAAAAAAAAUCCUAUGGUUCAAAGCAUGAGCCCUUCAAGUCUGAGUGGAAGUUCUUUUCGCCCCAUGAAACCUCGUUGGUCCUCUCCACGUGACAAGGAGCUACUGUCUGCCAAAGAACAGAUCCAGAAUGCUCCUCUUGUGAAGAAGGAUAGAGACCUCUACCCUCCAGUAUUUCAAAAUAUCUCCAUGUUUAAAAGGAGCUAUGAAUUAAUGGAGCGCAUGUUUAAGAUCUACAUCUACCAGGAGGGUGAAAAACCGAUUUUCCACCAGCCAUUGCUGACAGGAAUAUAUGCCUCUGAGGGAUGGUUUAUGAAACUGAUGGAGGCAAACAAGCAAUUUGUUGUCAAGGAUCCCAAAUUAGCUCACAUGUUCUACUUACCUUAUAGUUCUCGCCAGCUUCAGAUCACUUUAUAUGUUCCCAAUACACAUAUGAUGCAGCCUUUGUCACUUUAUCUCAAGUACUAUGUUGACAUGAUUGCUGAGAAGUAUCCAUUUUGGAACAGAACAGGUGGAUCGGAUCACUUUCUUGUUGCUUGCCAUGAUUGGGCACCAAGUGAAACAAAGUUGCAUCCAGAGCUUCGAAAGAACACAAUCAAAGUUCUCUGCAAUGCUGAUUCUUCAAGGGAAAUCUUCAAAGUGGGAAAGGAUAUCACUCUUCCUGAAGUUUAUGUACGAGUCAAAAAUCCUGUCGCCUAUGUAGGAGGUAAACCAGUUUCUCAAAGGCCCAUUCUAGCCUUCUUUGCCGGACAAAUGCAUGGAAAGGUUAGGCCAAUCUUGCUAAAAUAUUGGGAAAACAAAGACCCAGAUAUGAAAAUUUUAGGCCCAAAGUUUUAUGGGAUUGGAAAGAAAGGUCCAUAUAUUGAAUACAUGAAGUUGAGCAAGUAUUGCAUAUGCCCAAAGGGUUAUGAAGUUAACAGUCCGAGAGUUAUGGAGGCCAUUUACUUUGAGUGUGUCCCUGUGAUUAUAUCAGAUAACUUUGUGCUUCCUUUCGAUAAUAUCCUUAAUUGGAAGGCUUUCUCGGUUGUAAUUUUAGAAAGAGAUAUACCGAGGUUGAAAGAGAUACUGUUAUCUAUCUCAGAGAAGAGGUAUCUGACGAUGCAAGCUAGAGUGAAAAGGGUUCAGAAGCAUUUUCUAUGGCAUAACAAGCCGGUAAAGUAUGACCUCUUCCACAUGAUCCUGCAUUCCAUUUGGCAUAAUAGAAUUCACAACAUGAGGUUGUGAAGGUUUCAUGGCUUUGGAUUCUUUCUGUACAGUUAUAGUUUGAAUGUGUGUGUGUAUGAGUGAGAGAGAGAGAGAGAGAGAGAGAGAGAGAGAGAGAGAGAG